CCACGCCCACCGGGCGCUCUUUAAAAGGCACUGGCGCGCCCUUCGCCUGGGAUUUGGGACUCCGUGGACCCUGCCUCCAGCUUAUCCUCGCUAGCUCCGCCUGCGGUACGUGCUCCCGCCUCCGACUCAAAAUGCCUGUCUGGGGAGGUGGAAACAAGUGUGGGGCCUGCGGGAGGACCGUGUACCACGCAGAAGAGGUGCAGUGUGAUGGCAGGAGCUUCCACCGCUGCUGCUUUCUCUGCAUGGUUUGCAGGAAAAAUUUAGAUAGUACAACAGUGGCAAUUCACGAUGAAGAGAUCUACUGCAAAUCCUGCUACGGAAAGAAAUAUGGGCCAAAAGGCUACGGUUACGGCCAGGGCGCUGGCACGCUUAACAUGGACCGUGGCGAGAGGCUGGGCAUCAAGCCAGAGAGUGUUCAGCCUCACAGGCCUACAACAAAUCCAAACACUUCUAAAUUUGCUCAGAAAUAUGGAGGUGCUGAGAAGUGUUCCAGAUGCGGGGAUUCUGUAUAUGCUGCCGAGAAGAUAAUUGGAGCUGGAAAGCCCUGGCACAAAAACUGUUUCCGAUGUGCAAAGUGUGGGAAGAGUCUUGAAUCAACAACUCUGACUGAAAAAGAAGGUGAAAUCUAUUGUAAAGGAUGCUAUGCAAAGAACUUUGGGCCCAAGGGAUUUGGCUAUGGCCAAGGAGCAGGGGCUCUUGUUCAUGCCCAGUAAGGUGUAAACCCUGAACUAAACAUCACACACUGAGAAUCUCUUCAUAACCUAGGCACAGAUAAUCUUUAACACUAAACUACUGUGAAAUUCAACCAGCAUUAAGUACUGUAUAUUGCCCUGUACUUGGAUAGGCUGGCUAACUUGUAGGAAGAGAGCACUGUAUCGUAUCCUUUUGCUUUAUUCACCAGCAUUUUGGGGGAACAUUUCUUUUAACAUUUUAAAUAAAACUUCAGCUUGA